CCGGGAUUCGACGAACACAUAAAGACCCGCAAGGUGCACUUUGUGCCGGCCCGUACGGCCAUGCAGUCCGGAGCCCACGGAACCAAGAAGUGGAAGAUGGACUUCGACACCCGGGAACGCUGGGAAAACCCUCUGAUGGGAUGGGCCUCCACGGGUGACCCCAUGUCCAACAUGACUACGUUCACCUCCAAGGACGACGCUGUCGCGUUCGCAGAGAAAAACGGUUGGAGUUACGACAUCACAGAGAAGAUGGAGAAGAAGCCCAGAGUGAAGUCGUACGGAGCCAACUUCUCCUGGGACAAAAGGACUAGGAGGUCUGCUAAGUAAACUGGACUGUCCUGACUCUGGUCUGAA